GAGCAAGUCGGGCUGUUCGGUUCCCUCCACGGCCUGGAAGCAGAGAAGCAACUGGGCUGAAGCAGACAAAAAGGAUGGCAAUAAGAGCACUCUGGACAACUGAGGAUAACAAGCAACAUUGAACAGCAAAGCAAGUCAGUCCAGAAAUCAAAAUAUUUUCCAUUUCCUUCAGUGAGACACACAAUUCUUCACCUUCCUCGGCAGCUGAGAGAGAAACGAGAAAAAAUGAAGAGAUUUCUAGCUGGGAAAAGUAGAGGGUGAAAUUCAAGCAAACAUUACAUGAAAAGUCAAGGGAGAUUAUUUUUCCAUUGAGCAAAAGAGGGAAAUAUCUGGAAGUUACUGGAGAGGAAAAGGUCAAUUGGAAAUCCACGUAGAGCAGUGUUGCAGGCCUCACUCUGGAAGAAAAUAACCAGUAAAUCAAAGCAUCACUAAAUAAGAGAUCAUCCACAUUUUUUGACUUCCUCAAGAAUAUUAGUUGUGGGAAAGAUACAACUUGCGAAUCACAGCUGAUUAUGCCUGGAAAGAUCAAGACUGGAGAAAAACCAUACAAAUUCUCUGAAUGUGACAAAUCCUUUGAUCAGAACAACUCUGUUUUCUUUCAUGGAAGGACCCACACAGGAGAAAAGCCCUGCAAGUGCUCUCAAUGCAGUAAAUGCUUUAGGAAGCAUGGCAAUAUGGAUUCACACCAAGGAGAAACCAUUUGAAUGUCCCGAGUGUGGGAAAUGUUUCAGUAACAAUUCCAGCCUGGUGAAACACCAGAGGACUCAUACAGGAGAGAAACCCUUUAAAUGUCCUGACUGUGGGAAAAGUUUCACUCAGAAUUCCAGCCUUAUUGGCCACCAGAGGAUUCACACAGGAGAGAAACCGUUUGAAUGUCCUGUUUGUGGGAAACGUUUCAGUCAGAAUUCCCAUCUCAUGAAACACCAGAGGACUCACACAGGAGAGAAACCCUUUAAAUGUCCUGACUGUGGGAAAAGUUUCACUCAGAAUUCCACCCUGGUUCAACACCAGAGGAUUCACACAGGAGAGAAACCCUUUAAAUGUCCUCAAUGUAGGAAAGGUUUUAGUCAGAAUUCCACCCUGGUUCAACACCAAAGGACUCACAUAGGAGAGAAACUAUUUGAAUGUCCUGUUCGUGGAAAAGUUUCUCUCAGAGAUCCCAGCUCAUGGUGCACCAGAGGACUCAUACAGGAGAGAAGCCUUACAAAUGCUCCCAAUGUGGUAAAUGCUUUAGCAAGCAUGGCAACAUGGACUCACACAAGAGAGAAACCCUUUCAGCAUCCUGACUGGGGGAAAAGUCUCAGUACCAAUUCCAGCCUGGUGACACGCCAAAGGAGUCACACAGGUGAGAAACCCUUUAAAUGUCCUGACUGUGGGAAUAGUUUCAAUCGAAAUUCUCACCUCCUUUCACACCAGAGGACUCACACAGGAGAGAAACUGUUUGACUGUCCUGUUUGUGGGGAACGUUUCAGUAAGAAUUCCAGACUCGUGAGACACCAGAGGAUUCACAUAGGAGAAAAACCCUUUGAAUGUCCUGAUUGUGGUAAAAGUUUCAGUCACAAUUCCAGCCUGGUGAACCACCAGAGGACUCACACAGGAGAGAAACCCUUUAAAUGUCUUGACUGUGGGAAAAGUUUCCGUCAGAAUUCCACCCUGGUUCAACACCAGAGGAUUCACACAGGAGAGAAACCAUUUGAAUGUCCUCUUUGUGAGAAAAGUUUCAGUCAGAAUUCCCACCUCGUGGAGCACCAGAGGACUCACACAGGAGAGAAACCCUUUAAAUGUCCUGACUGUGGGAAAAGUUUCACUCAGAAUUCUACCCUGGUUCAACACCAUAGGAUUCACACAGGAGAGAAACCCUUUAAAUGUCUUGACUGUGGGCAACAUUUUAGUCAGAAUUCCACUCUGGUGAAACACCAGAGGACUCACACAGGAGAGAAAUCCUUUGAAUGUCCUGACUGUGGGAAAAGUUUCAGUAAGAAUUCCAGCCUGGUGAUACACCAGAGGACUCACGUAGGAGAGAAACUCUUUGAAUGUCCUGAUUGUGGAAAGGUUUCUCUCAGAGAUCCCAGUUUGUGGCGCACCAGAGGACUCACACAGGAGAGAAGCCCUACAAGUGCUCCCAAUGUGGUAAAUGCUUUAGCGAGCAUAGCAACAUGGACUCAUAGCAAGGAGAAACUGUUUGAAAUUCCUGAUUGUGAGAAAUGUUUCUGUGAUAAUUCCAACCUGGUGAUACACCAGAGGAUUCACACAGACGAGAAACCCUUUAAAUGUCCUGACUGUGGGAAUAAUUUCAGUCGAAAUUCUGAACUCGUUUCACACCAGAGGACUCACACAGGAGAAAAACCCUUCGAAUGUCCUGAUUGUGGUAAAAGUUUCAGUCACAAUUCCAGCCUGGUUAACCACCAGAGGACUCACACAGGAGAGAAACCCUUUAAGUGUCUUGACUGUGGAAAAAGUUUCAGUCAGAGCUCCACCCUGGUUCAACACAAGAGGAUUCACACAGGAGAGAAACCGUUUGGCUGUCCUGUUUGUGGGAAAAGUUUCAGUAAGAAUUCCAGACUCGUGAGACACCAGAGGACUCACACAGGAGAAAAACCCUUUGAAUGUCCUGAUUGUGGGAAAAGUUUCAGUCAUAAUUCCAGCCUGGUGAACCACCAGAGGACUCACACAGGAGAGAAACCCUUUAAAUGUCUUGACUGUGGGAAAAGUUUCCGUCAGAACUCCACCCUGGUUCAACACAAGAGGAUUCACACAGGAGAGAAACCAUUUGAAUGUCCUUUUUGUGGGAAAGGUUUCAGUCAGAAUUCCCACCUGAUGGAACACCAGAGGACUCACACAGGAGAGAAAUCCUUUAAAUGGCCUGAUCAUGGAAAAGUUUCUCUCAGAGAUCCCAGCUCGUGGUGCAUCAGAGGACUCACACAGGAGAGAAACUGUAUGAGUGUCCCGUUUGUGGAAAAAGUUUCAGUUGGAAUUCCAACAUGGUGAUAUACCAGAGUACUCACACAGGAGAGAAACCAUAUGAGUAUCCAGACUGUGGAAAAAAUUUCAGUAUUAGGACUAGCCUUCUAAAUCAUAUGAUUAUAACCAUUUGAGUACCUUGAAUGUGGAUGGUGCUUCAGGAAACAUUCCAGCCUUAUAUGCACACAAGAAAAUCCACUUGACACCCCAAGUGAUGACUGUAGACAAAGCUUGAAUUUAAUUUCUUUUUUUUCCGUUCUUUUUUUUUAAUUAAGUUUUUUAUUUUUUCCAAUAUAAACAUACAUGGUUUUUGUUUUUUUUUUAUUCAAAAAGUUUUACACACAAAAAAAAUCCCCCCCCUUUUCCCCCAACCCCCUUCCCUUCACUAAUACCCUCCCCCCUCCCCCCUGACUUCCCGGA